ACCCAUACGGUCGUCACGGGCAUCACCGCCUGCUUCGUCCUCUACACCCGCUCAGCAGGCGUCGCCUACUUCGCCGCCGGCGCCGUGCUCUGCUCAAUGUCUGUCAAGGUCAUCAAGCGUUGCAUACGCCAGCCCCGCCCGGUCCAGGUCAUACGUGGCAAGCACAAGAAAUCAUACGGCAUGCCCAGCACGCACUCCGCCACCAUCACGUUCUUCGCGACCUACAUCGCACUUGCCUGUCUAAACCUCCCCAUACAUCGCUCACUACCGUCAAGCCCGCUCACUCGGGUCCUGCCAAUCCUCAUUUCGAUACCCUGGGCUGUGACCAUCGUCGUCUCCCGCAUAUGGCUCGGCCAUCAUACUUUACCACAGGUCAUAGCAGGUUGCGCGUGCGGCCUCGUUAUGGCGCCGCUCUGGUUCAGGCUAUGGACACACGGAGCCAAUGACUACGGUAGGGCAAUAGAGCACGCCCUCUUUGGUCAGCGUUGA